AUGUAUCCGAUAUCAAGCAACACGCCGCAUAACUUUCAGGUUUGGAGUGCCACCAGUCCGACUUACUGCUACGAAUGCGAAGGCCUUCUCUGGGGCUUGGCUCGCCAAGGCCUCCGUUGCACCGAGUGCGGCGUCAAGUGCCACGACAAAUGUCGCGAACUAUUAAACGCCGAUUGCCUGCAACGUACGUCCAUCCAGUUGACCGUUCCUUCCCUGUGGGGAUACGAAUUGCAAGUUGGCUAUUUGCCCAAUGCACAUUCUGGAUUAACUGCGGCAACAUGUUGCGUCAUGGCGAGAGGCCGAACAAUAACGAACGGACACAGCGGAGGCUUAGAUCCUUUCACCUCCCAUUCAGUUGCCUCUGUGGCUCAGAAUCUCGAAAACCGGUCACUCUGUAGGUCACCUGCAAAGGGUGUGCGACCUCAACUACACAUUUUGAGGUGUGAACUGGAAUUAUCCACCCCUAAAGCUUACAGCAUCACCAACGAAUUCACCUAUUUUUCCACCAAUUUGAGCCUUGCAGUAGUCUCGGUCCUUCUCGGUCGUGAUGUCUACUUUCAUUGCUGUACACAGACACACAGACAUAGCCACAUACAUACAUAUAAAUGCGCUGCCGAGAAGUCUGCUCGCCACGGAGCCGACGACAAGGCACAGACGAUAAUACAGGCAAUGACGGCUCUGAUGCGUCAACGGAUCAACACUAUGCCAGAGCUCUUCAGUUUGGUCGGUCUGGUGUUUGGUGUGGAUUCAGAGACGCACGAAACCAACCUCUGCCAGGCUCAGCAGAGCAUUUUGGACGGCACCAGCAAGUGGUCGGCCAAAAUCGCCAUCACCGGUAGGUCUUAG